AUGGACCACGCGCUGGCGCCAGCGCGGCAGGAGCACGUCAAGCGGCUGGUGGUGCAAGCCUGCUGUGAGGGCGGAAGGGAGCCGGCAACAUUGCGUGAGAUCCGCGAACGAUACUGGCAGCGAGUAAAGAAGAAGAAAUCGAAAAUCAACAAAUCUGCAGCUGCUGCGGUUGAAGAAGAGGCAUCUGUGGAGCUGGAGGAGCUGUUCCGGUGGACCUUCAUUGAAGAUGGUCCGCACGCUGGCCUCGCCUUCCUGGACCGCCACCCAAGUUACACCACAAACGAUCGUGCCAAGGAAGAUGCAGAGGCGGAAAGGGCUUUCGUCAAGGCUGCCGAGGUGCUGGUCGUGGUGUGGCGUCAUCACCUCCUCGAUCGAGCUUUGCUGAGCUCCACGGCGAAGGAGACGCUACUCGCCUUUUUCCAGCGCGUGUGGCCCAGGGCUCUUGCCGCGUGUCGCCGCCUCAACAACGCCGCCGCCACUGCCUCGCCCGCGAGGAGGCGCACGAGCGUACGGGUGGCAGUGCUGCUGCUGACCGCCAGUGCUGUGCUCAUCUCCCAUUUGGCACGCGACGACUUUGUGGGCCUGGACAACUCCUCCACCUUCUGGGAGGAAUUGGAGCACCGAGUGCUUGACCACCACGACCAGGAUGUAGUGUCAGCUGGGUUUCAGGUGCUGAUGCGGGCUCAGGAUCUGGCGCGUGGCUUGGGGCUGGAGCUCUCGGCAACACGCCUGAAGCUGCUUCUUUCGCUGCUCCGCCACGGGGACGAAGGAAUGCGGAGCCGGGCGAUCGUCAGGUGCUAUAGUGAGGGCUGCUAUGACCGGGCCAUGCAGGGACCCAUCAACGAGGAGUUGGACUUCAUUUUGAGUGGCCACGAACUGGACAAUGGCCAUUUUGACAUGUGGGUGGCUCUGAUGGCACGAUUCGAGCACGAGGCGUCGCCCAAGCUGCGCCACCAGAUCUACCGCACCCUGGUCGAUUUGACCGAGGCUUUCAACCUGGGCGAAGGCGCCGACACGGCGGCCAUGAACUUGAUCCUGAUGGGACUCCAGGAUGAGGACUCGGAUGUGGCGACCAUGGCGAGGGAACUCUUGACCGAGGCGAGCGAGACCGCCCAGCUGGACUCGCUCAUCUCUGCAAACCUCCCACGGCUGGUGGAGCUGCUGGUGAACCAGCUCACCAUGAGGAGAGCCGAAGUCAAGAGCCUUCUGGGCCUCGCGGUCGAUCACAUCGCGACCAGCAUCCACCACUCCUCCGUUCCCUCGCCAACAAUGUUGGCUCUGCUGCCACAGGAGCUGCAGGAACGCAUCGCGCUCGCGCUCGCCCGCUACAGUAAGACCGUAGGGCAGAAGCCUCUAAAAAGCGCGAGCCAACACGAGGACCAAGACCUCCAGGACGCGCGGGACGCAUCUGCGACGUGCAUUGAGCGUCUUGCCGAAAAUCGUGGCGGGGUGAUCGGCCAAGUGAAGCAAAUAGUGACACAACGGUGGCAGCCACACAACACGUGGCAACUGCGUGAGAGCGCCAUCUACCUGCUGGGCUUCCUCUUCCCCCUCGCCGCUCAACUGAAUGUAUGCCUCGGCGACGACGUGCAGCAGCUCCUGCCCGCUGCCCUGCGCGACCCUCAUGCGAGGAUACGCGAGACCGGCUGCUGGGCUGCUCAGCGCCUCGCCGAGGCCCAUGAAGGGUCCGGUGAGCCGGAUGGCAUUGACGCCCAAUCGGUUCUGGAGCCGCUCAUGGCGCUGAUGCUGGACGACGACGCUGGUGUGUGCAAGGCCGCGCUGCGCGCGCUUCAUGCGCUUGUGGAGGAGUGGGUCGGGCCGGAGCGGCCGGACGUGCUGCCUCAGUUGAUGAAACGAUGCGUGGAGGUCUGGGACAAGCUACCAGCCUUGCGAGACACUGUGGGUCUGGAUCUUGUGUCCGCGUGCAUGUGCUUCUCGCCGGGCAACAUAGAGGAGGAACGUCGGCUGGCGUUGCUGGUCGUCGCCGCCCUGGACCGCUGGGACCUGGACGACCUGCGUCGUGUCGCCGCGCUGCUGUCCCACGUCCGGACCUGCCUUGACACACUCGGGCGCGAAUUCGAACCGUUGGUGGAGCGGGUGGCCGGGCGGCUUCGGCAGCUCAUCGACCACGCACUCGCUGCGCUUUCCCCACACCAGCAGCAGCAACGCACAACUGAUGGGUUGGACAUCGGCGAGAUGCAAAGCCGCAGGGAGGGUCCGGCCCUCAACGAGGGCCUGUUCCUGUGCGCCGAGCUGUUCGUCCGGGGGCUGGACCCCUCGCGCUACAUCCCCGAGUCGCUCCUCGUCUCCUUCGCGCUCGCCACCAUCAACGGCGGGUGCGGUGCAUUGCUGGGCAGCGUGGCCGCGCACAAGCCGCACCUGCCGGCUGUCGAGGAGGCCCUCCGCCAAGCCACGGCAGCCACGCCCGUUUGCCAGUGGAAGUCCGCAGGGCUCCUCGCCGCCAUUGGUCGGUUGGCCGGGAACGUGCGUGGCCUGGAGCUGCAAUGGGUCGCCCCGUUCUGGCACGAGUCGGCGUUGUGGACCCGGCGCCAGCGGCACGACGCGGCGAUCAUGGCGUUCCAGUUCGGUCGGCACUACGCCCAUGUCGUGCCGGACGUGGUCCUGGCCAAGCUCGUCGCCCUGCCACCUGGACUCCUCGACCGAGGCAACAACGAAAACGAAAGCGACAGCGAAAGCGAAGACGAAGACGAAGACAUGGACGAGGGCGAUGAAGUGCUGUUUUACGACGACGCGCGCAGCGAGAGCCUGGAGGAGCGCAAGGCGGCGGUCAUCGAGGGGCUGACCAAUCUCAUCCUCGAGUUCGCUGUCGAGCGCAAGCUGCUCAGCGACACCACAAAUUAUCAUGGCGACGACGACGAUGAUGACGAUCACGACAGGCCCAAGAAGAGGCGGCGUGUGGAGUCUCAGAACAAAAGCGACGACGACGACGACGAAGCCCCAGAGGUCAGAAUUUCGGCCAGCCGGAUCCUCCUGCUCUACGUCCGGUGCCUCCACUGGGUCGAUGAUAGCGUUGACGGCGAGGGCGAUGCGCGAAGGGCGAGGGUGGCAAGGGCGUUGCGGGCGCUGGCGGAGCUGGUGUCGGCCGACCAGGUGGCGCGGUGCUUCGGCGGAAGGAGCACGAGCGAGCGCCAGGCGUGGGCCACCACGGUGGCCAAGUACGAUACCAACGAUAGUGAGCUGGUGCCCGCCAUUCUUGGCAAAUGA